CUCUGUUAUAGACACGUUUCCUUCGCUCUCAGAAAUACUACUAAUUAGUAAAUAAAGAUCAUAAAUUAUUUUGUGAGUUGUUUUAAAGAUGGGGAAGCUGAACGUGGUGAUGUUGAGGUACUUAUCACGAGAUGACUUUCGAGUCCUCACGGCGGUUGAAAUGGGGAUGAAGAACCAUGAGAUUGUUCCAGUGAGCCUCUUAUCCUCCAUUGCGAGCCUUAAACACGGAGGCUGCAACAAAAUCCUCAGAGAGCUUGUAAAACACAAACUUGUCGUCUAUGAACGCACAAAGACGGUGCAGGGCUACAGAUUGAACUAUGGAGGAUAUGACUACCUAGCCCUGAAGACUCUGUGCUCCAGAGAAGUGUUAAUUUCAGUUGGCAACCAGAUGGGUGUGGGGAAAGAGUCUGAUAUUUAUAUUGUGGCAAGUCCAGGUGGGGAGCAGUACGCUCUGAAGCUUCACAGGCUUGGUCGAACUUCUUUCCGGAAUCUGAAGAACAAAAGGGAUUACCACAAGCACCGGAAGAACAUGUCUUGGUUGUAUCUGUCUCGUCUUUCUGCAAUGAAGGAGUUUGCAUACAUGAAGGCAUUGUAUGAUCGUGGGUUUCCUGUGCCAAAGCCUGUGGACUACAACAGGCAUGCUGUAGUAAUGGAGCUGAUUAAUGGAUAUCCACUGUGCCAGGUGCAUGAACUGCAGGAUCCACCCAGCCUGUACAGUGAAGUUAUGGAGCUCAUCGUUAAACUGGCCAGUCACGGUCUGAUUCAUGGCGACUUUAAUGAAUUCAACCUAAUGUUGGACGACCAAGACCACAUAACUAUGAUUGAUUUUCCUCAAAUGGUGUCGACCUCGCACCCUAACGCUGAAUGGUACUUUGACAGAGAUGUCAAAUGUGUCAGAGAUUUCUUUGCAAAACGAUACAAUUACGAGAGUGAGCUUUACCUAACCUUCAAAGACAUAAGGCGCUCAUGCUCUCUCGAUAUUGAAGUCUCAGCCAGCGGCUUCACCAAAGAUCUAGAGAGAGACGCUACAUUACUGUGUCCUGCUGGACCUGAGGAAGAUGUGGAGGAGGAGGAGGAGGAGGAGGAGGAAAUGACACGAGAAGACGAGAGUGUGGACAUGGAGGAAUAUAGUCGCUCAGUGCUUGAACUGAGGGGCCUAAAAGUCAGUGAUACACAUCAAAACAUACCAGAAGAGGAGGAAGAGAAAGGAAAAAGGGAAGAACAGACUGAGACUAAUGCUGCACCUCCUGUUAGAAGUGAUGAACAAUCAGAGGAUUUGAACGAGGAGACGAAUGAAGCCGAGGACGUGUGCCCAGAGAUGACUGACCUUUCUGCCUCCAACAGAGGGUUCAAACCCUUCAGAGAUUCAGACAGCCUUCUGCACUUGGCAGAACACAGGAGGAGGACGGAGAGUGAAACUACAGUGGGCAGCAGAGGGAGCUGCUCUACAAUACCACCGGAGGUGGUCCGUCAGAAGAUUAAGAGGCAGAUCAAUAAACAGCAGAAGGCAGCACAGAGGAGGCGUCUGCAGAAAGGAGAGGCCAACUUGGUGACCAAAUCCAGGCGGGAGAAUGAAAAUAACAUCAAAUCUAGUAUGGAAAGCGCCUCCUUCUGGGGAUAAAUAGAACUGAUGGAGGGACUGAAGAACAUGUCAGUGUACUGUACAUGUUCUGCUGCCUGUUUCUCACAUUUUGUAAAAAACAUUUGGAGGUGAAUCUGUGUUCCAUGUUAGCUCCUGUGUACCAUCUCUGAAAGAAUGAAAGAAAUUAAACUCUUGAAUGAUUACUUUUUUAAUCAUGCUCACAUUUUCCUUGACAUUCUCCAUAUAGUUGUGUAAGAGAGGAGAAGCUGCAGUAAACUAUCCUCCUCAAGACACAGUCAUGUAAAUAUUGACAACUUGCUGUAGUGAUGUAUGAUUGGUAAUUAUACCAUUACAAAAAUAAUGACAAAGAUUUG